UCAGAAACAGUGCCAGUCUUAAGAGUGGUUUAAAGGAAAUUCUUUUAAAUAUCUCUACCAGCAUCAUCCUAUUUAUUUGUCUGUCUCUUCAGCAAUCUGUAUAAGACCCAGAAGAUAUAGAACCACCCCCAGUGUUGAUAAAACCCAAGAGAGCCACGCCACGGGGAGGGAGGGGACUGUUGUUCACCUGCGGUCACAUCGGGAUCGCCCGGCACUGCUUCCCCACCUCCCGGAGGCAGCAGGUGCCCGGCUCCCUCAGGGCAGCGCAGCCCGGAGCGCGGGAUGCCGUGGUGGCAGCGGGCCCCGGCGGCGCGGCGGCGCUGGGCGCUGCGGCGGGGCCCGCUGCCGCUGCUCGCCGCCGCCCUGGCGCUGCGCGGCACCGCCCGCCCCGGCCCCGCCGAGCGCCCGCAGCUCUACCGGGCGCUGGAGCUCUCGCCCAGCCGCAGCAUCAACUGCUCGGGGGUCGUCCGCGGGGACCAGACGGCCAUCCGGGAGGCGCAGCUCAGCAACCUGGAAGUGGCGAACAGAAGGGCUUCACCGACGCCCGGCGAGUACCUGAACAUUGCGAGGGACUGCAGAGCCUUCAAGGAGACCCGGCGCUACAUCGAGUUCCCGCUCAGCCAGGAGGAGGAGGAGUUCCCCAUCGCCUACUCCAUGAUCAUCCACCACAAAAUCGACAUGUUUGAGCGGCUCCUGCGGUCCGUCUACGCCCCCCAGAACGUUUACUGCGUCCAUGUAGACAGCAAAUCCCCGGCCGCCUUCCAGGAGGCCGUGAGGGCCAUUGCUGCCUGCUUCCCCAAUGUCUUCGUGGCCAGCCGCCUGGAAAGCGUGGUCUAUGCCUCCUGGUCCCGGGUGCAGGCCGACCUCAACUGCAUGCAGGACCUCCUGCAGAGCCCUGUGCCAUGGCGCUACCUCAUCAACACCUGCGGCACCGACUUCCCCAUCAAGACCAACGCCGAGAUAGUCCGGGCGCUGCAGCUGCUGCAGGGCCACAACGCCAUGGAGUCCGAGAGGCCCUCGGCCGCCAAGAAGCAGCGCUGGGAGUAUCACCACGAGGUGGGGGAGACCAUCUCUCGCACUUCCCAGAAGAAACUGCCCCCACCCCACAGCUACCCCAUGUUCACGGGCAGCGCCUACACCGCCGUCACACGGGACUUCGUGCGGUACAUCUUCGAGAACCCCACCGCACGAAAGUUCCUCGAGUGGUCCGAGGACAGCUACAGCCCUGACGAGCACGUGUGGGCCACCCUGAACCGCAUGCCGGGCGUGCCGGGGAGUAUGCCCCUCAGCGAUAAGUUCCAGCUCUCGGACAUGAACGCCCUUCCCCGCCUGGUCAAGUGGGAGUACCUGGAGGGGGACAUGAGCAAGGGCGCGCCCUACCCUCCCUGCACCGGCCGCCACCAGCGCUCCAUCUGCAUCUACGGGGUGGGCGACGUGCCCUGGAUGCUGCAGCAACACCAUCUCCUGGCCAACAAGUUCGACCCCGAGGUGGACGAUGCGGCCAUCCAGUGUCUCGAGGAGUACCUGCGCCACAAGGCCCUGUACGGCCGGGGGCUCUGAGGGGGAGCCGCGGAGACUCUGGCCAGCGACUGCUGCCUUCCGUGGGCGACUCAGCCGACGGCGCCUCGGGGACGGCGGGAGAGGAUCCCCCGGGCCCUGAGGGGCCCACGCCUCGGCGCGGCUCCGAGGAGAAGCGCCGCCGAGGGUCGGACGAACGAACGGACAGAGGGACGGGAUGGCCCGGCGGAGGGAAGGGCCGGUGGAAGGGCGGGAGGGGAGGCUCAGCCCCGUGCCGCUCGGCUCCCGUCCCGCGGGGUCCCCGCUCUCGCCCGGAGCCGCUGGAGAGGCGGGCGGGGCGUUGCGCAGCCCCUUCCCGAGCCCAUCGGCAAAGGCAGCCCCGGGCUGCUGCCUGCACACGGGCAGCCCCAGCCACGGUGCCCCCAGGUCCGGCUAGGGGCAGAGCCGAAACAAUGAUUAAUUUGCUUUUCUACAGAGCACCUGGCAGCCGCCGCCCGUUCAGCGCUGCUCAGCUGAACAUCUGGCUGCUGCUUUUGUCUCACUUUAAUCUUUGACUCUAUCAAAACUCGUCAAUCGUUAAAGGCCAAUCUUCAAUAAAAUCCAAGAUAGUAAAAUCCAUAGCGCUUCGGUGUUCUGUGUCCUCUGAUGAGAAUGGUUUGUGCUCCUGGCAAAAAACCAGGCAGCAUUAAACCAGUUAACCUUUU